UAAACAACUCAGCGAAACCGAAAGUAAAAACUGCCGUUCCUUCUGAGUCGACAGCUCGGUGCUCUGCAGCGUUUUCAGCAGAAGCAAAUAUGGCCUCCAGGAAACGACCCAGGUCCGAGUCUUCAGAGGACUCCAGUGAUCCUUCAACCAGUUCACAGACCAGUUCAGAUCCCGACCGGAUGUCAGUGAAGAGCGACUGGUCUAAGAUGGAUCCGCCCACGUUUAGCAUCGAUGGCUCACAGACCAGCUCAGGUCCCGACCACAUGUCAGUGAAGAGCGACUGGUCUAAGAUGGAUCCGCCCACGUUCAGUAUCGAUGGUUCACAGACCAGUUCAGGUCCCGAGCACAUGUCGCUGAGGAGCGACUGGUCUAAGAUGGAUCCGCCCACGUUUGGCAUCGAUGGUUCACAGAGUACUUCAGGCCCCAAGCGGAUGUCAACGAGGAGCAACUGGUCAAAGAUGGAUCCGCCCACGUUUGGCAUCGUUGGGGAACUACCUUUGAAUGAUGAGCCUCGUAGAAAGAAAUUCAGAACAACAAUGGAAAAAGAGAAACAUGCAGAAAAAGUUGAAGGUGACAGCAACCUGUCAAAAGUAAAACAACGUUUUAAAAGAACCAUGCAAAAGAACAGCAUGAUGGUCUUUGAAGGUGAUGAAGACCAAAAGAGUCCCCUGAAUAGUAUUUACACACAACUCCACAUCACCGCUGGAGGGAGUGAAGCACCACGUGCAGAACACGAGUCCAAACAGCUUCGAGCUCAGCUAAAUAAAACUAAACUCGUCAACGAUGAGUUUUCAGUCAACCUCAGUGACAUCUUCAAAUGUUCCCCUGGUCAAGAAAAAUACAGAACCGUUCUGACGAAGGGUGUCGCCGGCAUUGGGAAAUCCUUCAGUGUGAAGAAGUUCACUCUGGACUGGGCCACAGAGGAGGCCAACCAGGACGUUGACUUCGUGUUCAGUUUUGCUUUCCGAGAGCUGAAUUUAUGUUCCGGUGAGAAAAGCCUCCUUGAGCUCCUCACCGAGUUCCACCUCGAUCUUCUCGGUCUGACUGCACCUGCUGAUUAUCUCAACACCAAGACGAUAGUGAUCCUGGACGGCCUGGACGAGAGCAGACUCCCCCUGGUCUUCAAGGACAAUCAGGUGGUCACAUCUGUCCAUCAAAAGACGUCUGUGGGAAAUCUGGUGGUGAAUCUCAUCAAGGGUCACCUUCUUCCUGAUGCAAACCUCUGGAUAACAUCCCGUCCAACAGCAGCUGAUAUGAUCCCUGUGGAGCAUGUUGGACUGAUGACAGAGAUCAGAGGAUUCAAUGACAGUCAAAUCAAAGAGUACUUUCAGAGGCAGUUUGCUCAAGAUCUUGAUCUGGCAACAAGAAUCACGUCGCAUAUUCAGUCUUCAGAAAGUCUCCACUUCAUGUGUCAAAUCCCCAUCUUCUGCUGGAUUUCCGCCCUGCUUUUUCAGGAGGUUUUCGGAGAUGAAGAACCAGAAAUUCCCCAAACUCUGACAGAGACGAUGGCACAUUUUCUGUCUACCCAAACAAGACGUAAAAUGAAAAAAUCUGGUGGGAUGCCUGUGAAGACUGAAGAAAACUUUCUGACCCUGCACAGAGAAUUUCUUCUAAAGCUUGGCAAAGUUGCUUUCCAGCAGCUGCUGAAGAACAGCCUGAUCUUCUACGAAAAAGACCUUGAAGACUGUGGCAUCGACAUGAAAGCAGCAUCCGUCUGCUCUGAAUUUUUCAGCACAGUUCUUGUGGAAGAAAAAAUUAUCUACCAGAAGAAAGUCUUCUUCUUCGUUCAUCUGACCGUACAAGAGUUCUUCGCAGCUCUCUACGUCUUCGACUCUUUCUUAAACAACAAUAUCACAGAGUUGGAAGACUUCCUUCAAAUGAAAGACAAAGAACACACUUUACUGGAUCUUCUGAAGACGAUUGUUGACAGAGUGUUGGGAAAGGCGUACGGCCACAUGGACUUCUUCAUGCGCUUCCUGCUUGGCCUCCUAGUAGAGGCCAAUCGAAGAGUCCUUCGAGGUUUUCUGAAGACAUCAGGUCUGAGUCAAGACACCGAGAAGAAAAUCCUGACUCACCUGAAAUCCAUCCGAAGAAAGAAAAUCUCUCCAGAUGGCUGCAUAAACCUUUUCCAGACCAUGGUGGAGAUGAGAGACCACAAAGUCAAAGAUGAGAUUGAGGAAUACCUGAAAGUGCCGGAUCGUUCAGGGAAGGAGCUGACUCCGCUGCACUGCUCUGCACUGGCCUACAUGCUGCAGGUGUCAAAGAACGAUCUGGAAGUGUUGGACCUGAAGAGUUACAGGACGUCCGAGGAGGGCCGGAGGAGGCUGAUCCCUGCAGUGAGGAGGAGCCGAAAGGCCUUACUAGCAAGCUGUGGAGUGACCGCUCAGUGGGUGGAACAUCUGGCCUUUGGACUCAGGUUUCCCCACUCUCCUCUGCGAGAUCUGGACCUGAGCAACAACGACCUGAGAGACUCAGGAGUGCAGGAGUUGUGUAAAGGCCUGGAGAGUCAAUACUGCAGACUGGAAAGGCUCAGCUUGUCGGGCUGCAUGGUGACUAAAGAAGGCUGUGGUCACCUGGUGUCGGCUCUGCGCUCCAACCCGACCCAUCUGAAAGUUCUGGACCUGAGCUACAACAAUCCAGAAGAGUCAGGAAUAAAUCAGCUUCAAGAAAUCAAGAAUGAUCCAGAGUUAAAGCUGAGGUAUGACCACGGAUCGAUUGAAUGGAUCAAGCCAGGGUUCAAAAAAUACGCCUGUGACGUGACUCUGGAUCCCAACACGGUGAGCAAGAACCUGCUGCUGUCUGAGGGGAACAGAAGAGUGAGCUGGGCGGUCGAGCAGCAGACGAAAGCAGAACGUCAGAGGCCUGAAGUCUGCCUGAGCCAGCAGAGCCUGAAGGAGCGCUGCUACCUGGAGGUGGACUUACUGGAGUCCUGCAGUGUGAUUUUGGCAUACAGGAGCGUCAUGGAGAAAAGAGGUGAACGUGAGCUGGUUAUUGAUGACGAAUCGUGGUGGUUCACCGUCGAUGAUGGACGUGGUUAUGUUCAGCAUGGGAAAAACAAGGUCGAAGUAGAAUCCCACAACUGGCGCUCCAGACGCCUCGGAGUGUAUCUGGACCGGGAAGCUGGUGUUCUGUCCUUCUACAGAGUUUCCUCUGACAGUCUCACCUGCCUCCGCACCUUCACAGAGACGUUCAGGGACGCCCUCCAACCUGCCGUCCAACUUCACCCGCACUCCUCCAUCACCUUCAUUUCACCAGUGUGAGCAUGUUCUGUCCAGAACAGUGUUUUCAUCUCUAUUUCAUUUUUCCCCAAAGUGGAGAUCAUGUUCCACCUUGUGAUGUUACUCUUUGAAAGAAUCAUUAAAAACCCAGCUCACAACUUUACCUAAGGCUGGGCCAGCAUUUCCCAGUCCUGGUCAGCAACAGCUGAGUGAUUCUGGUCAGUCAGAUGUUACCGACAGAGAGAGUUGACACACCCUCUGUAAUGUCCUUUGUUGUGUUAAUUAAGACGCAUUUAUGAAGCUUACGGUUGCCGUUUAUGGACAUUCACCUGUUCGCACUGACUAGACCAGGGGUCGGCAACCCGUGGCACGCCUGGCAUUGACACUAGGCACGUGUACAUGCGCCCCAUAUAUAAUGGCUGAUAGGGGGAACGGAUGUGUCAUAAACGCCCGAAUGGAUCUGUUUCACUCGGAGCGAACUGUAUUUCGGAGCCGAUUGUACGAAGUGGUGUACACCGAUCGAUAAUCCGCUCCGUGUCUCACAUAAACGCCGCCUGACAGCAGAGCGGAAAAAGACGGAGGAUUAUAUGUUCCGCAUGCGUUCCCUCGUACGUAGUGACGUGAUGAAGUAUGCAGUAAACAGAAAGCAGGACAGUCAAGCAGAAGAACACGAUGGUGAGUUGAAAAACACUUUUUUUAAUAAAAACCCAGAGAGAAAAAACACCGGCGAGGCGAGAUGGAAGCAUAUCGCGCAAAAGCGAGUUGUUCAAAGAGCUCCGUAGCAGAAUACGAGCAUCGCCCGACUGGUGUUAUGGAUUAACUGGUUCCCGUGUUAACGAGUGACGGCAGAAUUCUGUGUAAAUGCAUGUUAACAACAGCAGUUGUUAAAGUGAGACUCACAAAAGAGUUUAAACUUAUAAAUUCACUGUAACUGUCAAUAACCGACGCUCGCCAGAACGACUACAAGGCUCAGCCAUCUAUGGGUCACAAGCUAACACGGGCACCAGUCAAUUCGAAACAUCGAAGCAGCAGGCGGAGCACAAAGCACAAAGUUUAUGAAAGCACUUUUUGGAGUUAAUAACAGAAAAAAAUCUUUGAAGAUAUGAUUGUAUGUGCUUUAUCUGAAUGGAAUACAUUUCCAGGUAUGUUGGAAAUAUUUUUGUAUUUUGUGUUAACUUGCGUUUUAGUUGAUAAUGCACACACAUUGAUGAGAAAAUUUUAAACUGGCACUCCAUGACAAAAAGGUUGCCGACCCCUGGACUAGACCGUCUUGAACAAUAUAUCCCAGCAUGCAUUGCCACUAGGGGUGCAACGGUACAGAUAACCCACGGUACGGUCCGUGCCUCGGUUUUUCCGCCACGGUUUCGGUUCGGUACGGUACACAUUUUGUACAUAAAGAGAACAACUUUUUCUCCCUAAAAUAUCCCUUUAUUUUGCUUGUCAGCAGAAACUUUAUUUCACAGUAAACAUUAACAAACAACAUUAUCACUGUUGUACUUUAUAAUAUCAUGCAUGCUUCUCUCAUGAUAACAUAUUCUGAACAGAGCAUUUUCAAAUAAUAAAUAUCCUCUUAUUGCCUGACUGCUUGUAUACAUUACACAGCAGUAUGACCCGAAGUUGACCCACACCGGAGAUUUAAAUUAAGCUGGUGCCUCCUCAGUUAUGUCUCUCGACUCUUAGGCACACUCAGUGUUGCCAGAUUUGUUCAGUAAAAUACGCAAUAAAGUCGAUGUGUUUGGAGCCGCUGAGAUGAUAGGGGCAUGCUUCAAGUCUCAGCUGGGUUUGGGAGCAGAAAAGCCCAAAACAGAUCUUUUGUAACAAGCAAAAAAAAAAAAAAAGAUCUCACAACUUUUGACUGCCAACAUUGACAAGUGACUUUUCAAAAUAAGAAGCUGAUAUUUAGCGGACCUGGCAACUAUUGCUGCACUUUGACCCGGCUACAGUUAGCAGCAGCACAGCAGCGGUUGGACAUUAGUGUGUUUUUUUAUCCGUCCGGACAGGCACAUACACAAAUGACGGGCUUUAAAGCAGCUGUGUAAAAUGAAUCACAAAACCGAAAAACCACAGUCCAUUUGGGCGUAUUGUCCCGUGCCUCGCGGACCGAAGGGUGACUACGGUGAGUGAUGAGGGCCACAUGGUCAUACUUUGCAAUUAUAAUACAACACCCUCUUGAUUUUGAGGGGAGUCUUUGUGUGUAUCUCAAAUUUAAAUGAGUCAGCAUUCAAUCCAGUCAUGUCAAUAUGAAAUUAAAAGUUAAAAUAUCACAAUGUAGGUCGGACGAUUUUGACUUCAUCCUGUGGCGCUGACAGAUGCACCGGUGUGUCCUUGUCGCAUGACCGCUUAAACAGGAAGUAGCACAAUGCACAGUGCCAUCAGAUUUGCCGUUCUAAUCAUGCCGAAAAUGCGGACUUCAAACUACAAACCAUUUGUCAAACGAUGUUUGUUGGCCAAAGAAAUGUGGAGAUAUGAGGAAAAAUGCGUGCGCAUUUUUCUGCGACAAGUUCUCAUGCGUUCAAUGCAUGGUCCGUGCAUGAAGCCCAGUGAGGAGUGCUUCUUGAAAGAGGUAAAACUGUUGUGAAGAAAAAUCUAAACCCGACAGUGUAUUUUUCCUAUUGGUUGAGAAGAAACUGCCCAUCCUCCAGUCAAACUUUUACAAAACAGCUUCCAGGCAGAAGAGAAACUGAGCCUGGACUCAAUCAAUGCAAAAGAGAGUCAGAAAGUGAAAGUAGGUUUCGAGAUCUGAGAGGAUCACUGUUGUUACCGUGAUGUGACUCUGUAGUUAAUGUGUAGGGACUGAGAUUAGAGGGCAGUGUCUUGUCCUGACACUGUAUUUGUGACUCACACUUUUUAGAUAGUUGCACCAAAUCACCUGCGGCCCAGCUUCCAUUUCACUGUAAAUAUCUUUAUAUAACUGUUUUGUGUGAUCUAUCUGUACACACGUUUUUGAAAUAGUUUGGAUUUGCUAUACAGGUGAUAACAAUGAUUAAAUAAACAUGUUCGUGAUUUUCAUAUUGAAAAAAAAAAACGGUACUUUUUUCCAUCCAAACUUGAAGUUUUUAGUGGUUUUAGAUCCACCAUGUUAAGACAGUAGGUUAAAUCGGAAAUAUUUCAGUCAUAUUUGUUAGGUUGUCCUAAAGAAAACCAUCCCAAAAAGCUAACGUUUAUGAUUUUUUUAAUUUGAAAUAUAAAGGCAAAACAAAGACCCUUUUGUUUUUGACUGAAAACCCAAUUUUCAAAUUAAGUUUUCAAAUUUACAAUUUUUUUUAUGUUGUAAAAUGAAGCACCUUUUUCAAGUAUUAUUUCAAGCAAUUUCCUAUAAAUUGAACUCUCCCCCAAAAAAAGAACAUGCUUAUAUGCCAUGAUAGAUGUCACCUCGAUCUAAUCUAGAACAGUUACAUUCAAUCAUACUGUGAAUCUGUUUCGUUAGGUUUUGUUCAUGAUUACUGAAAAUAUGAAUUCAGAAGCGGGACGCUCAUCACUUUCUUUAUUAAAGGUCAUGAGGUUUUUGUGGCUUCAUCAGAGCAUUAAAGACUGUAGACAUUAUAGUAUAUGACAAGUUUGAAAGAAAUGUACAUUCACUAUUAUGGAAUUCUGAAAUUGAUUUUUGUGUGUGAAUUUGAUCAUUGAAGAUUUUUUUUUUGUGUGUUUAACUCAUGAUACAGUGUUGUGCUGACUGCUGUGUGUGUUGGUUUUUCCUGCAUUGGUUUGGCUCAUUUCUUGAAACUGAAAUACAUUUUCAAAACUCCAAGAUCUUUUGGCAAAACAGUCUUACAGUUCAGCUCAACAGCACAGUUCACCUGCUAAAGCUCAUCUCUCUCCCAAAACUGUUCUCUCAUGUUUCAAAGUGGCAUUUCUUUUCCAUAUAAACAGUCAGUUUCACCAAAAUGUAAAGAUCCUUCUGAACAGCUCUGACAGACCGGAUGUUCUCAGUUCUCUUGGUCUCUUGUCAAAAACAGCCUGGACGGUUGAGCAGAACCACAUGGUUCACCUUCAGAGAUCACAUCUCUUUAAAACUGUUCACUCAGGUGUCACAACUACUCUUCUCUUUCAAACAAAUGGCCAGUGCCCUCAAAAUGCUUCGUCCCUUUAGGCAUUGUGUGGCUCUGGCAGAAUGUUUAGAUGUUUGGUCUUUAAAGCAGAGGAACACUGAAAUAUCCCUCCUCUGUCUUUCUGUCUGAGCCCAGUCUUUCAUUCACAAUGGUUCCUGUGAUGGUUUUUUUUUUGGGUUGUUUAGCUAUCACAAUACAUACUGUAUGAGAAAAUGAAGAAAAAAAGCAUUUUCACACAUUCAAACAUUGCUCCCAUACUUCCAAGGAAACUGUUACAAUUUUUAUUCACACACAAAGUAACUUCCAUCCAUCAGAGCUCAAUAUACUGUAAAAUAAACACAAAGAAACAAAAAAAAGGAAAAUUUUAUGAAGCCCACAGUGCCGUAAAUGAAGCUAGAGUUACACAGCUCACUUCUUCACUGGUCUCCCUCCUCACCCUCCUCACCCUCACACUAACAGAUGCAUGUCUGGUAUUCAUGGUAUUGCAUUUUGUUCUCGGCUAAUUUUGACAGUUGAACAGAUGAUUUAGCAGGUGGUGACUGAAACAAUGCUAACAUGUUUUAGAGAAAAACAACUCUUCGACUGAGAAUCAAUUACUUUAGAUCAACAUGAUAUAUUAACUUGGAAAUUGAGCUGAAUCUAGCCUGACUGUGCUGAAUCACUAGCAAAGACGUUCUGAGACACUGAGACAUGGACUAAGACAUUUCGGUUGUGAGCAGUUACAGAGUAUUUUGGAGGUUUGUCCGUGUUGAGAAUGGAAUGUCUGUUUUGAGAAAUGAGCCGAACCAAUGGAGGAAAACAGGAAUAUGAUGUGAUCGUCCUUCAGACUUGUUCACUCCAUCACUGUGUCAGACUCACUAGCAGAAUGCUCCUGAGGUUGGUUACGUUGUUUUUGAUCUAUCCUUGCAUAUGAUAUGAAAUCAGUUAUUAUACUUUCAGACACACAUACAGAUAUACUGUAUGUACGUAUGUAUGUACGCACACGUUUCUGUAGUAUUGGAUCAAUAAAGGAAUCAUAUAACCUG